AAGUAACCUUCUUAUUUUGUCUUUUAUCACCAAAUGCAUAUACAUACAUACACGGAUACACACACGCUUACAUAUUAUAUAUACGCGCUUACAUACAUACACUGAUAUACACAUACAGUACUUGCUUGUUCCUUGUUGGAUUGUUUACUUAAUAUCUCAGCUUCUUCUUGUUACUGUCUCACUUUAGGGCUUUUUUGGUUGGUCUCUUUGUUUGGGGGUCUCUUUGUUUCUUCUUCUGUUUAUAUCUUAAAUAUAAACACACACACACACACACAAAAGAGUUUUAUAUAGUUAUAAAGAAAAUGGAGUCUGCAAACAUCUUUGGAUCCGAUGAGGAUUGUCGCAGCUGUGAAUCUGGAUGGACGAUGUAUUUAGCCUCACAGUCCCAUGAUCGUGACGACGAUUGUUACUAUGGUGAUGAUGAUGAAGAAGAAGAAGAUAGCGAUGGUGGUGAUUCAAUGGAUUCUGAUGCAUCUUCUGGUCCCAUGGAAGCCACAUCAUAUCUCAAACUUGCUCAAGAGAUUGAGGAGCAAAACUCUAUAAAGAAGAAGAAGAAAAAGACUAAUGAAGAGAUGGUUUUGGUGGAGACUACUAGGGUUCACAACAACAUUAAUCAUGAUGAUGAUGAUGAUGAUGACGAAGAUGAUGGGGAUAAUCAUGAUUAUGAUGAUGGUAAUGAUAGCUACAGUGUAGUUCAUAGCUACGUUGGUUCGGUUAGACAAAAAGGGUUAGUUUGAUUUUAUAUAAUGAUUUUGUGUCUAUGCUUUAUUUAAAUUCCAGUUCCAAUGUUUUUAUUCUUACUCGAUCGAUGUUAUGUCCUUGUGUCACUACGAUUUCUGUUUUAAUUGUGGAAACGUAUUUUCUAUCUGAUGAUUUGCUAAUUGUGUAGCCUAUAUUUGAUUAAUUACUGUCUAUGUUAGAGACUUG